AUGAAUCCCGUACACGGUGGCGCAUGGGUCGUCGGCUAUGGCUCCCUGAUCUACAAGCCUCCUCCGCACUACUCGCAGCGCGUGAUCGGUGUAGUACACGGUUUCCGGCGCCGCUUCUGGCAGAGCAGCUCCGAUCACCGCGGUACCCCAGAACUGCCCGGGCGCGUCGCAACACUAGUGCCUGCUGCUGAUGCCCGCCUUCUAGUCGUUGCCUAUUUUAUUCCUGCCGCGCAUGUUGCCGCUGUCACGGCGUAUCUCGAUGUGCGCGAGCAGGACGGCUAUCUUCCGCAGACCGUUCCUGUGCAUCUGGUGGCACCACCGCAACCGCCGCACGAGCUGCGUGAUGCGCUGGACGCCCUGCCCUGUGAUUCGGUUUCUGGACUACCCGUCGUACAAUCCGUCAUAUACAUCGGCAUCCCCGAUGCCGCCACCUUUGUUGGUCCAGAAGAACUGCAGCGCACUGCUGCCGUCAUCGCGCACAAUCACGGGCCCAGUGGGCCCAACUACGAGUAUCUGAAGCUGCUCCACAGCGCGCUGCACUCAAUAGCCGAAACGUUUGGCGCCCGCUUGUGCGAGCUGGAGGACCAUUAUCUGGACGAGCUGCUCGAAGCGGUCGACCGUCUACGGGCCCAGGCCUGUGCCGCGGUAGGUGCCUGA